AUGUCAGAAAAAACCACAAAUUACAAAGAGCUUGGCUUAGUCAACCAUAAGGAGAUGUUCUCCCAUGCUAUUCAUGGCGGUUUUGCUGUCCCGGGUUUCAACUUCAACAACCUCGAGCAAAUGCAAGCAAUCAUCCAAGCCUGCACUCAAGCCAAAUCCCCAGUCAUUUUGCAAGUCUCAAAGGGAGCCAGACAGUAUGCUAAUGCCACUUUGUUGAGAAACUUGGCCAGAGGUGCUGUUGAGUAUUCAAGAGAGCUCGACCCAGAGCACAAGGGUAUCCCAAUUUCUUUGAAUCUUGACCACGGAGCUGACUUCGAAAUUUGCAAGGCUUGUGUCGACAAUGGUUUCUCCAAUGUUAUGAUCGACGGAUCUGCUCUUUCAUAUGAGAAGAACGUUGAAUUGACCAAGAAGGUCUGUGACUACGCUCACCAAUUCGGUGUCACUGUCGAAGGUGAACUCGGAGUUCUUGCCGGUGUUGAAGACGAUGUCGCUGCUGAACAACACGUCUUCACUGAUCCAAAGGAUGUCGAAGCUUUCGUUAAGGCCACUGGCGUCGACUCACUCGCUAUUUCUAUUGGAACUUCUCACGGUGCUUACAAAUUCAAACCAGGAAUGCAUCCAAGAAUUAGAUUGGACAUUCUCCACGAAUGUGAACAAAGAAUCCCAGGCUUCCCAAUUGUCCUCCACGGUUCAUCUUCAGUCCCACAAGAAUGGGUCAAGGUCAUCAACCAAUACGGUGGAAAGCUCGAGGACACCGUCGGUAUCCCAGAAGACCAAAUCAGAGAGGCUGUUAAGUCUGCUGUUUGUAAGGUCAACAUUGACUCUGAUGGAAGACUCGCUAUGACUGGUGCCAUUAGAAAGUUCCUCGCUGAAAACCCAACCAAAUUCGACCCAAGAGAGUACCUCGGACCUGCUAGAGAGGCUCUUAAGGCUUUGUACCUUCACAAGGUUUCCGAUUUGGUCUUGAACUCUGCUGGAAAAUCAUGGUUCUAA